UCAGUGUCGACUUGGCGCGCAGCGACUGAUUACUAGAGAGCGAUUAUCAUAUCAUCGGAGGAGUCUUUGGCGCCGUGAAGCUCCGAUCUUCUGCCGUUGUCGCCGGUAAUCAUUGCUUGACCGAUUAAGAAUUUGAUCAUUGUAUCCAUCGCAGCCUCUUUUCUGCCACCUUUGCUCUCAGAGGUUUCAUCUUUCUCGACUCCGUUGAUUCUCCUUCUUGAAUUUGUCACUGUCCAGCUCCAUCACGAACUCUCUCCAGUCUAGAGAAAACGAGUCAGGAACCAUGCAGUUCUUUGGUGGGUCAGAGAUUAGCCCUUCGCCUCCGGUCCCAACAGCAACUGGAAAUAAUGUGCAUAUGAUGUAUAUUUUCAAUAGGAGUGGAGUUUGCUUGUUUUACAGAGAGUGGAACCGGCCACUUCGGACAUUGAAUCCCCAGCAAGACCACAAACUUAUGUUUGGUUUGCUCUUCUCUCUCAAAUCCUUUACUGCCAAGAUGGACCCAACCAGUGCUGAUAAAGGCAAUCUUGGAGUGCCUCAGUUGCCUGGCCAAGGCUGUUCAUUUCACAGUUUUCGUACAAAUACUUACAAGCUCAGUUUUACUGAAACUCCAUCAGGGAUAAAGAUUAUCCUGGUUACCCAUCCUAGAACCGGUGAUCUAAGGGACUCAUUGAAGUACAUAUACAAUUUGUAUGUUGAAUAUGCAGUGAGAAAUCCACUCUACAGUCCAGGAACCACACUCAGGUGUGAGCUAUUCAAUACAAGUCUUGACCAAUAUGUAAGGAGCAUAUCAUAGAAAUCAAAGGUAGCUGACUGCUCUGCCAUUUUAGUUUCAUUCAAGUCGUCAUAUGCUUUCUGUCUCUUGUUGAUGAAUGAAUGCAAUUUAUUGAACAAUGGUACAGUUGCAGGCCAUUAGACCUCCUUGUCGAAAAAAUCCUACCUCUGAGUUUAUUUUUUAUUCCAUUGGUUGGACUCAAGAUAGUGCACCGGCAUGACUUAUUCAAUUUUUUUUUUUUCCUCAUCAUUUUUGUGGUGACUUAUGGUGUUGCGAUAGUGGUGGAAAGAGGUUUUUUUUUUUAAAAUAAGGAAUUCUAGUACAAAUGUUUGCUGCAAUUGCAGCUAGGUUUCUUGUUUCAUCUACUCACAUACAUACAUUAGGAGUCCUGUGUAAAAAUGUAAAGGUUUCAAAUGGGAGAAGAUUAUGUUAAAUUACCUUA